UGAGUGCUCAGGAGGAGAAGCCCCUACUAUGCCGUGUCCAGGACAUUGACACAUUUUAUCUUUCCCCAGAAUAAGAUUACUCUGUUGUUGUUUUUAAUAACUUUGUUUAUCUGUCUGUGGGAAUCACUUUUUAACCCACUUCCUGGUCGGGAGGAAAUGGAAACAAUGGCCUGGGAGAUGACUGCCUGGGAGUUCAUAGAAGGACAACGGAAAAAGUUGCUGGUGAUCCUCCAGCAAGAUCCCGAUUCUGUCUUAGACGCGUUGAUCUCUCGGAGUGUGAUUUCUGGGGAGGAGUAUGAGACUCUGGACAGAGUUACAGAUCCCCUGAAGAAAAGUCGGAAACUCUUAAUUUUGGUUCAGAAGAAGGGAGAGAUGUGCUGCCAGCGUUUCCUCAGGUGUUUAUUUAAUACAUUUCCAGAGUCAGCUCCCUCUUGGGACUUAAAACUUGAGUUUUUCCAGCAUAAGAAUAUAGCACCUCAGUGUAUUGGGGUAAACAAAAAUUCAGAAAAUACAAUUUCCUCUGUUAAGAAAGAGCCUGGGAAUCCCAUGAUCACAGCAUCCUCCAGUGAGAAGCAACAGUCGUGUUUGGAGACCUCUGAGUUUUUCCCAGAGAAUGGGAAGGAAUGCCAGACACCAAAUGUCACAUUACCAUGUCCCAUUGGAAAAGCUGACUCUGAAGUUCCAGUGACUAUUACAUACUUAAGGGAUGGACAGAGAUAUGAGGAGCCAGACGAUUCUUUAUACUUAGGAGCAGAGGACUAUGAAGCGUCUGUUGGAUUUCCUGAAGACACAGCCACCAGCAUGGAAGAGGGCGUUUGCAAUGAGGCAGAGCGCAUUGUAUGUGGUGGUGAGGAAGAACCCGAGUAUUCCGAAGCCGUGAGGUCAUCUGAUGAAGAAGACCACUAUGAUGAUUCAGAAACCAGUUUUUCCUUGGAGGAGGAGGAGAAAAUUCUGCAAGAAAAUAAAAAGAUAUUCAAAGAUGUCCUGUCCUCUUUGAACAUGGAUAGAAGCAGAAAGCUUCUGCCAGAUUUUGUGAAACAGUUCUCCUUAGAUCGAGGCAGUGGUUGGACACCCAAGACUCCGGCAGACUUGGUGUGGAAUUUCCUGAUGAAAGUGCAAGCACUUGAUGUGACGGCCAGGGAUUCAGUCCUCAGGCACAAGAUUCUGGGUGAAGUCGGCAAAGAGGUAUUGCUGACUAGACUGGAAAAUCUGGAAAUGGAAGACACAGCAACCAUGAAUCCUCUCGAUGUCCUUUGUGCCAGCCUGCUGUGUGCAGACAGCUCUUUGCAGCGCCAAGUCAUGUCAAACAUGUAUCAGUGUCAGUUUGCCCUUCCCCUGCUUCUUCCAGAUGCAGAAAACAACAAAAGCAUCCUGAUGCUGGGGGCCAUGGAGGAUGUUGUAGAGAGGCAGUCUCCACAGUCCUCAGUAGGACCCACGGGGGCCAGGCAGGAGUCUCUUAGAGUUAUGAAGCUGCCUGUCAUCUCUUUUGUUCGCCUGGGACACUGUAGCUUCUCCAAGUCCAAAAUCCUCAACACACUGCUCAGCUCUGACCAGCUGAAACCACACAUACCCUUCCUCCAUCAAGAUGUGUCUGUUCCCGUACUUCCCAGGCAAAUCUCGGAUGGCCUGCUUGAGAUAACCUGGUGUUUUCCUGAUAACGAUCAUCUGAAGGAAGGCCUUAAUAUUUCCCAUAAGCCUUUUGCCGUGACCAACCUUCGUGGAGAUCUAGAACGCUUUUGGACACAGUUUAGUUUUAUGAUGGAAGUUUCUGCAGCCGUGUUUUUUUUCACUGACAGCCUAGGUGAGAAGCAAUGGGACUUGCUAAUGUUUUUAGGAGAAAUUGCCAUUGAAAGAUGCUAUUUUGUUCUCAGUCCCCAGGCCAGAGAGAGUGAAGAGGCUCAGAUGUUCCAAAGGAUGCUGAACUUGAAGUCGUCACAGCUAUUGUUUUGGGAGGGGGAGGAAUCAGGGGAUAGAAGAAAGAACAUGGAGGCCCUUCGAGCUGCCCUCCAGGAAGUGACGGCCUCCUCACUUAGAGGCGUGUCUGUGGAGGAGAUGGCCUCCCUGGCCAGGGAGUUGGGGAUUCAGGUCGACCAAGACUUGGAGACUGAUCAAGGGAUUCAAGCGUCUCCUAGAGAAACUGAUCAAGGGAUUCAAGUGUCCCCUAGAGAAACUGAUCAAGAGAUUCAAGUGUCCCCUAGAGAAACUGAUCAAGGGAUUCAAGCGUCCCCUAGAGAAAAUAUAGCUAGAGCAGCUGAAGAUGAGGGACAACAAAAAUGUAGUCAGCUAAAAAGUUCAUCUGAAAGCCAAGCUCAGAUACCUUUGGGAAAAUCUGGGCCUAUAUAUGAGGUCAGCCAGAACAUUCAAAAUGUGCCAUCUGCUCCAGUAUUUCCAUCUCAUCAGGAAAACUCUCCCUUACCAACCCCAGUGGGAGGUAACUUUAACUGUAUUUCCUUAAAAGCCCCACAGGUUAUGGGCUCCAAGUUGGGGUCAGAGCACAGGCCUAGGUGGUUUUGGCCCUUGAUCUUUCAGAGUAGAAGCGCUCAUAGAAGAGCUAAAAGUUUUGGUAUUAAAUCCUUCCAACCUCAGAAAUCUUAUUCAGGUGAAAAAUCCAUGAAAUUAUCAAGAACUCCGUGGGGACAUCACUUGAAUGGAACAUUUGGGAGACCACCAAAUUCCAUCUCUCAGUGUGCCUGGGCCUGGGGUGGGAAACCACGGAUCACAGGAGCUCCGAGAAAGCCUGGGGUCUCCCAGGCAGGGGACCCCCAUUCUACAGGCUCACUGUCAGCAGGAGCAGUAGGGAAAGCACAGCCUGGGCGAGCAUGUGCCCCAGGAACACAGCUGAUGGGAGCAGCUCACAUCCCAUCUCCUCACCCUCAACCCUGUAAGCCAGCAGGAGCCCUACAAAAACUGGCCAGGCCUACUUUUCAUCAAGGACCUCAGAUGAUGACACAGGAUAGGCCUUCAACUCCAGUUCUCCAAUCAGGAUCCCAUCCCAUACCCAGGAGUAAACUUUUACACAGCUCUCAAUUCAAACCCCAUCAGCUCAUAUCAUCCCAGGUCAAACCCUCUCAGACCAAACCCUUCCAACCUGUUCCCUCUCAAAUUAAGCCCCCUCAGUCCCAGUCUUCCCAAGCUAAACCCUUUCAUUCUACAUCCCAUUGGCUCCAGUCCUCCCAAGCCAAACCCUCUCCAUCCAAACCCCCACAGCCCAAGCCCUGUCAGUCCCAGCGUGCCCAAUCUAAGACUUCUCAACCCAGAUCCGUUCAACACAAGUCAUCCUGGAGCAGUCCUUCACAGGCCAAGGCAAACCAGACAAGAGCAGGUCCCAAGAGGAUGGGAAAGCAUUGAAGACAUUCCAUACAACUAGGGAAAGUGUUUUGUUUUUAAACCCAGGUGGUUCCCAUAUAAUAAUCUAAAGCAGAGUUGUAGUAAAGGCAAAAGAUUAAUGUUACUUGCAUGACACAAAAAGAUAAGCUAAGACAUUGUUAAAGGAAAACCAGGAAAGUAAUUAAGAUCAAACAAUAAGUAAAUCCGUUAAAUCUAGCCUUGUGUACUAGAUCAUACAUAAAUUGAAUCCAGAAAUGGAAGAUAGGACAUAGCAACACUUGGGAAAGAAUGGAAUUAAGAAUCUCUUAUUGCACAGUGACUAUAAAAAAAAAGUUUGUCAUAAAAUGAUGGCUGCUCCAGUGCUUGCUCAAAAAUUGCUACCAUCCAGCAGGUAGCCCUGCUUAUAUGGUUAGACAACUCAGCUUGUUUGAUAAUCCCAAUUUGCUUGGUUGAUAAAACUCAUUUGACUAUUAUAGCCAUGAGUAGCAAGCAACAAAAGUAGUUAUUUUGCCUUAACUUUAAAAAUGGUUGAUAUAUGUUUCAUAUUUAUAGUAGUUAAGAAAAUUUGGCAUGAGAGGAUCUGAUAUAUUGUUAAUGUCUUUUUACAGUUACAUAAGUAACAUAAUGAGUACAUUUUAUUAAAAAUAUAUCAUUUGCUGUUUAAUUUUAGAUUUAAAAUUAAAUGAAAAAGGAUGAUUUUACAAAGUUUAUAGAAAGUAUUGUAAUGUUUGAAAGAAUUCGCAUCAUAGGAUUUAUAAUUUUAUUAAAUGCAUAUUGUUCUAAAUAUGUAGAAUGCUAGUAGCAUUAUGUAAAAAGAUAUCCAAUUCAAAAUGAUGAAGUGAAGCUUAACUACAUUUUGUUCUGUUUUGGUCAGUUUUUGGGCUUGAACUCAAGGCCUGGGUUCUAUAGGGAACAGUGUUAGUUUGAGUGAUCAUUAUAUACAUUCUUAGUGUUCCCGUGUGCGGCUUACAUUUAUAUUUUAUCUUAAUUUGCUUUUUUGGGGGGCAUGAAUGUUGUUAGAUAAAUUUCACUUACAAAGAAAUGCCCAGCAGGCUGCUUUUGGAGACAGUCCUGUAAUUCUGUGUGUCAGAUGUGUUCCACUUCUUCAAGAUUCCUAUCUCCUGGCCGUGUGAGGUCCUCUUCUCUCACUCCUUAUGGCUUUGCUGCUCUAGACUAAGUGAUCUUGAGGCUCCUGAAGAAAAGAGAAAGUAAAAGUGGCAGCAAUCUUCAUAUUUUGAGAUUUUUUUUCCAGAUUUUUUUCCAGAUUUUUUUCCCCUCUUCUAACUUUAAAACUCAGAAAAAAACACAUCAGUAUACUGCCACCUUCUGGAUCUUUUGAAUACUUACACAUAAAGUCAACUUGGAUAUAUGAAACCAGGGCCGCUUAAUUCUUUUGAGGCAAGAGGCCUACCACUUCAGCCAUGAUGUCAACCCCUACUUAACUCUUUCUGAUCUAUGCUAACACAUUAAACUUUGUGUGUAGUGUUUUCAUUUAAGCAGUAAGAACAGUAAAAUUUUUUAGUUAGUUGAGACAUCAUUUUGAAUAUGUCAAAACUAUAACUUUCUUUUAUGGAUUAGGAUGUAGAUUAUUUUCUCAUGCUUUUAUUAACCAUGCAUACUUCCUCUUUUGGUACAUGUCUGUUCAGUUCAUCUACCCAUUUGUUAAUUGGAUUAUUUUUCUUUUGCUGUUGGUGUUUGAGUUCUUUAUAUGUUUUGUAUAAAGAUUCUAUCUUCAA